UGAAACAAUGUCCUCCACCAAAAGAAACAUGAAGGACACUUGAUCACACAAUCCUUGGAAUUAUUUCCAGGAAACCCUUGUAGAGACCAUUCGGAGCACCCCUUCCCUGGCGGUGCACACCGUGACGGCUAGGAGAUGAGCGCAUCUUUGAAUUAUAAGUCUUUUUCCAAAGAGCAGCAGACCAUGGACAACUUGGAGAAGCAGCUCAUCUGUCCCAUCUGCUUGGAGAUGUUCACGAAGCCUGUGGUCAUUCUUCCCUGUCAGCAUAACCUGUGUAGGAAAUGUGCCAGUGAUAUCUUCCAGCAAGACCUUGAAACAUGUGAAAUAACAAUAGUUGUUAUGAAGUCCAGAGAAGAGGAGAUGUUAAAACUUGUAGCAUUAGUAAAACUACAAGACACAUUAGUUAACUAUAAAGUCUGUGUGGUACAUGUGUCAAAAAUAGUGUCCAGCAUUUACAAAUCCGAUGCUCCAUUAUUACCUGCUGUAGCUCGAAAAGUUUUAGCUGGUGCUGACCUGUUGGGAAAACUAAAACUUGGGGACUACCUACCAGAAAAGAAGUCCGACCAGCCCAGGUGCGAGGAGCAUGAAGAAGAGCGCAUCAACAUCUACUGUCUAAACUGUGAGGUGCCCACCUGCUCUCUGUGCAAGAUCUUUGGGGCACACAAGGACUGCCAGGUGGCUCCCCUCACUCACGUGUUCCAGAGGCAGAAGUCUGAGCUCAGUGAUGGCAUUGCUGUCCUUGUGGGAAGCAAUGAUCGAGUCCAGGGAGUGAUCAGCCAGUUGGAGGACACCUGUAAAACUAUUGAGGAAUGCUGCAAAAAACAGAAACAGGAACUUUGUGAGAAGUUUGAUUACCUGUAUGGCAUCCUGGAGGAGAGGAAGAAUGAGAUGACCCAAGUCAUUACCCGAACUCAAGGGGAAAAACUGGAACAUGUCCGUGCUCUGAUCAAAAAGUAUUCUGAUCAUUUGGAGAAUGUAUCAAAGUUGGUCGAGUCAGGAAUCCAGUUCAUGGAUGAGCCAGAAAUGGCAGUGUUUCUGCAGAAUGCCAAAACCCUGUUACAAAAAAUUUCUGAAGCAUCGAAGGCAUUUCAGAUGGAGAAAAUAGAGCAUGGUUAUGAGAACAUGAACCACUUCACAGUCAACCUCAAUAGAGAAGAGAAAAUAAUACGUGAAAUUGAUUUUUACAGAGAAGAUGAAGAGGAAGAAGAAGAAGGAGAAGGAGAGGGAGGAGAAGAGGAAGGAGGAGGAGACAGAGAGGAAGAAGGACAAGAAGAAGAAGAAGAAGUAAAAAUGGAAGAGGUAGAACAUGUUGGAACAGAGCCAUCAGAAGAAGAUGAAAGUCUGGAGAAAGCCUUGGAGCCCUCCCAGCUGGCCUCAGAGGUCCAGGCUGCCCCAGCAACACUUCCUGUUUCCUCUCCAGAGCCAUCUCCAGCCCUGCCACCUGCUGCAGAUGCCCCAGUGACACAGGGGGAGGUUGUAUCCACUGGCUCUCUGCAGACCACAGAGUCUGAAACUCCAGUCCCUACAGCAACGGACACUGCGGAUCCCUUGCUUUACCCUAGUUGGUAUAAAGGCCAAACCCGGAAAGCUACCACCAACCCACCUUCCACCCCAGUGAGCGAAGGUCUGGGGCACAUAGGGCCUCCUGGUUCUGAGGAUUCGAGUGUGCAGAAGGCAGAAGUGGCAGAAGCCGCAGCCAGUGAGAGAGCAGCAGUGAGUGGUAAGGAAACUAGUUCACCUGCAGCUACUUCUCAGAUUGGAUUUGAGGAUCCUCCCCUCCAGGGACAGGCUGCAGCUUCAGGGAGUGGGAAUGGAGCUGAUUCUGAGCCAGCACGCCAUAUCUUCUCCUUUUCCUGGUUGAACUCCCUGAACGAAUGA